AUGGGUAUAGAAGGAUUAUCUUAACUAAUAAAGCCUAUAUUAGAAAAAAAAUACUUAUCGUAAUUAAACAUAAAAUCGGUAGCAGUAGAUGCCAUGUAUUUUUUAUAUAAAGGUUGUUAUGCAUGUUCAUAUCAAUUAAAUAAUAAUAUAGAAACGAAAGAAUAUAUGAUAUAUUUAUUUAAAAUAAUAAAGCUACUUUAAUUUUAUAAAAUAGAGCCAAUAAUAGUAUUUGAUGGUCGUUCAUUACCCGCAAAAGACUUAACUCAUAAAUAAAGAGAAAAUACAAAAUAAAAAAACUUAGAUAUAGCAAAUAAAUUAAUCGAAGAAGGAAAAAAAUAAGAAUCAUUUAAGUAUUUUUCAAGAUGUCUUCGUGUAAAUAAAAAGAUGAUAUAUGAAGUAAUUGAUACUCUUUUUCAUAAUAAAAUAAAAUUUGUGAUCUCGCCUUAUGAGGCAGAUGCUUAAAUUGCUUUUAUGGUCAGAAAAGGAAUCACUGAUGCUGCGGUUACUGAAGAUUCAGAUUUGAUUUGUUAUGGAUGUCCUAGAGUUAUUUUUAAAUUAAAAUUAGAUGGGAGUUGUGAAUAUUUAGAUUUAAAUAAAUAUACAGAAAAUUAAGCUCUUAGAAAAACUAUUUAAUGUGAAAGUCUAAGGUGUUUUUUAGCCCAGAGUGAAAAUAAUAGAAUUCUUAUAUGUAUUAUGGCUGGGAGUGAUUAUAUUCCGAGUAUUCAUGGAAUUGGAAUUAAAAAGGCUAUUGAUUUAUUUUAUAGAUUAAAUAAUUUUUAGAGUGUAAUGAGAAAAUUAAGAGUAGAAUUAAAAUUUGAUAUUCCUUAAAAAUAUGAAGAAAUGGUACAAAAAGUGUCUCUUAUUUUUAAACAUUAACUCGUUUUUGAUUUUUAAGAGAAAAUACUUACUUAUAUAAAUGAAUUAGGUAGCGAUUUUAAAAAAGAAGAUUUAAGAUAGAUAGGAAUCAAAAUCGAAUAUUUCGAAGAAGUUUGUUAAGGAUUAAGAGAUGUUUAUAGUUUAGAAAAAAGACAAAUUAAAGAAAGUAAACUAGAUUUAUAGAAAUAAUAUUUAAAUUAUAAUUCUAUAAAGAAAAAUUAUGAUUAGUAUAAAUAAUAUAAUAAUAAUGAGAAUAAUAGUUUUUGUAAAAAUAAACAGGAAAAAAUAAUUAAAAAUAAAGACGAAAUUUUAAUAAACAAUAAAGAGAAAAAUAAUGAUGAAAAAUCUAGUGAAAAUUAAUUAUUUGAAAAUAUUGAAAACUAUAAUUUUAGCGAAGAUGAAGAAAAUUUAAAGGAAAUUUAAAUUUAAGAGAAACAAAAUGUCAAUUUUUUUAAAAAAAUAAAAGCGGAAAAUUAAGAUAAAAAUGCUUUGUUUUCUUUAGAAUCGUUUUGUGAUGCUUUUUUAAAUGAUUAUAAAUAAUUGGAAAAUGCAAAUGAAGAUUUUUGUGUUAGAAUUUAAUAAGAAAUUAAACGAAACGAAAAUAAAGAAGAACUCCAAAAAAGUGUCAUAAAAAUUAAUCCCUUUAUUAAAUAGAAUACAAUCAAUACUUCUCCAUUAGACUCUUUAGAAGCUUUUAAUGUUGAAAAAAUACCAAGACAAUAAUCAAGUGCUAAACCUGAAAAAAGAGUACUUAUUAAUAAUUAGAAAUUCAAUAAAAGUUAAUAAGAAAAUGUUAAGUCAGUCUAAAAAGAAAAAAAUAAGAAAAAUCUUUAUUCAUCUUUUUUUAAGAAUUGA